AUGUCGUUGUCCAAAACCGAGCCGUUCCCAGUUGGGGCAGUACUUCAUGGGCGCUCAGGCCGGAGAUACGGCAUUGAGGAGAUCCUUUCUGAACGCCGCGAUCCACUGUUGUGUGUUUACCGGGCGAGGUACGUGAGAACAAGCAACCCCUCCACGAAGCUUGCACUGACAAGUGAACUCUAUCUAUCUAGUGUUGGAGCGGAGAAAUUCGUCCUCAAAAACAUGAUACCGGGCGAUUUUGAAUACAAUCAAGAUCUGCAAAACUAUGUGGCUUCGUGCCCCAACCUGCGGACAGCAAUUGACGCCGUUCCUGACUUCGAGCUCCUCGUCUACCCUUUUCUUGCCGGCGACCUUUUUGCAUUCUCAAAAGCGCUCUUCGUGGACUGGCUGGGCUCCACGAAAAGGGCAUCAUCCAUACUGUUCAACUUCCUCCUCAGUCGAUUACAACCACGUUUCUGUGGCUGCCACCCAGGUCCUGACGUUCUUGCAGACAUCAAACCCAACAACAUCCUUCUCGACUACGAUGUUGCAGGGGACGACAUUACAGUCCGAAAUGUCCAGGUCUCCGAUCUGGAGGACGCCGUGGUCAUUCCGCCCGGUAAGAACCUAAAGGACUGCCUCCGUGGCAACCAGCUGUGGCGGAGCCCCGAGUCUUGGGUGCGAGCCCGGCAGAGCACGCCGUCCGACAUCUACUCCUUUGGCGUGGUGAUCAUUUACGUGAUGCUCAAUGAGAUGGUUUUCCGCGCAAGGGACGAAGAGCUGGCUGCCAAGGACGCCUGGCGGCACGUACUCCGGAGGCACAUCUCGUAUUUCGCAGACGAUGGUGGCAUUAAGGGCCUGCUUUCGCACAUCGGCGAGGAUAACCCAUUUUUUGACCGGCUCAUUGACCUCGCGGCCGAGUUUGGCGCAAGCAGGCCGAGGUCGCCGUUUGCACUGUGGCAAUAUGUGGACGAAGAGCUCAGGGACUUGAUUGGCAAAAUGACGAAUUUCGAUCCGGCGAGGAGGAUUACUGCGCACGAGGCGCUCGAGCACCCUUGGUUCAGCAAGGGUAGUAGUGAUUGACGAGAUUAAGAAUUGGAGGUUUGAUAUGGGUUCCGAGUCGAUUUUACCGACAGGAACGGUCGUGUUCCGCUGACUGAUGUUCAUCGACACUCAGCAUUUGCCGAAUUUGGUGUUGAUGAUAUUUGUAUGCGAGGCGCUCUGGCGGGAUGUGACAAAUGCCCAGCCACGUGCUUGCGAACGGAUUUGACACUAGUCGGCUGUCUUGGAGAUGGCGUCGAGAUGAUACACAGAGGCGGGGAAACUGGCACAGCCAUCGUGGCAUCCUGCAAGAUCACCUCGGAUAGUUGCGAGUGCGU